CUCCCAUCCUGAGCAUAGACAGUGUUAGCCAUGGUUCCUGAGAACCAGUCAGUUGUGACCAUGUUCAUCCUGCAAAACUUCGUGGAUGACCCCAGGGUCCAGGAUGCCCUCUUCUGCUUCUUCUUUACCUUGUUGACAUUGGCCAUAGCUGGCAAUGGCCUGAUUAUCACAACUAUUCACAGAAGUCCCAACCUCCACACUCCCAUGUAUUUCUUCCUAGUUAACCUUGCCUUGAUGGAUGUGAUCUGCACUGUGACUGUCCUGCCCAAGGUCCUGCAGAGCCUGGUGACAGAGAACACCAUAUCUUAUGGGGGAUGCCUCACACAGAUGUUUGUCUUCUCCUGGGUCCUGGGCUCUGAGCUUAUGCUUUUCUCUGCCAUGGCCUAUGACCGCUACCUUGCAAUCUGCCGGCCAUUGCAUUAUGGAACCCUCAUGAAUGGCAGGGCCUGUGUGGCCCUUGCAACAUUUGUGUGGUUCACAGGGGCUCUCAAUUCCUUGGUGCUCACUUGUCUGGUGUUACCGCUGUCCUUCUGUGGUCCCAAUCUCAUCACACAUUUCUUCUGUGAGAUCCCUUCUGUGCUCAUGCUGUCCUGUAGUCCCACCUUUAUCAACGACAUCAUGACAGUCAUUGCAGACAUGUACCUAACUGGCCUGAACUUCCUAUUGACCAUGACAUCCUAUGGCUUCAUCAUUGCCAGCAUCCUGCGCAUCCGUUCAGCUGAGGGCAAGAGGCGUGCCUUCUCCACCUGCUCUGCCCACCUGAUUGUGGUCACCCUUUAUUAUUCCACUGUGCUAUAUACGUAUGUCCGACCAGCCCUAGGAACUGCUGGGCUCCUGGACAAGGCCAUUGCUGUUUUGUACACCACUAUGACCCCCUCUCUGAACCCCCUGAUCUAUACCUUGAGAAAUAAGGAAUUCAAAACAUCCUUUAAAAAACUUUUAUUUCCCCAUUGAUGACACUGAGUUGGAAAAGAACUCUAGAAGCAGUGGGAAAGAAGCUAAAGAGAACUCAAGAUCUACUUUUAUGUAUCUCCUGAUUCUAGGUGACACAGGAUUAGUCAUGACCUGAGUCAAGAAACAUCCUACUAUCUAUCAGAAAAUAUUGGAGUUCUACUCUUUUGAAUGUUUUGGGUAAUUUUAACCAUUUCUGCUUUGUACUUAAAAUUGUAUGCUUGCAUGUUCAAUGCUAUUAAAUGUUAAGAUGUUUCUAUGACUCACUGAAUCAAAUCUAGUUAAGUCUCAGACCCUAUGUUAUUACAAAGGUUUGCUAAAUCAUGACUCUAACUUGUACCUCAGCAUCUCUCCUGCCUGGAUGAGUUUUGUGUAACCUGAUCAUCCUUUAAGAGUUGCUAUUAUUCAACACUGUAUAUUGUAUGUUAAGGAGUUCUGCCCACUGUGGUAGGAACUCAGAAAUAAAGAGCUUAUCAGAUA